AUGCGCUGGCUGGCCCUGCCGAUACUCUUGGUGGCAGUGCAGCACCAGGCGCCCAAGCUGAUCCCGCACCUCGCCUCGAGCGCUUCAGAAUGGGCAGAGGAGCUGUACCUUCAGGUCACCCACUGGGCGCAGCAUGCGGUGGUGACCACUGCAGGCGUCAACCUGCAGCCCGAGCCAGACAUGGAGAAGCCCAGCCAGGGUGCACCAGAGGAUUCUUUGAAGCUGCCACUGGCGCGGGAUGAGCGAGAGAUCGAUGCACAGCAGAGACUCAGCGCCCGGCGCUACGCUGAGGCAGCGCGGCAGCGAGAGCCUGACAUCCUUCCGCUAGAGCAGCCAGACGAGAUUCGCCGCAGCAUGCCGCCACUAGAUAGGUCCGGCCCGGAGAUGCGGUGCGGCGCGGCGCUGCCGCCGGAGAGCCGCCUAGUCACCCGCCGCGCGCCUUCCGCGCGCGCGCGUGCCGGCGUGCGGGUUGCGGAUGAGUCCUCGUCCUCCGAGGAUGAGGAGACGAGGAUCAAGAAGGAGAACCAGAAGAAGCAGGAUGCCUACCGCCAGAAGACCAUCGACAUGGAGCUCUCGAAGCUCACGGGGAUCAAGGGCGUGCCGGUGCCCAACCGCCCGGCCGCGCCCCAGUCCCCGGGCAGGACCAAGAAGGUCAUUCCCAACGACUUUCUCGUGGCGAAGCCGAAGUCGGCGCUGGAGCGGAGCUUGAACAGCACCCUGGGCCGGGCAUUGACCAUCAUCGUCAUGUCUCUGAACUACGUGCUGCUGGUGGUGCUCACCAUCUCCUGGAACGCCCCGGAGCGGUGGCUGGCGGGCCAGGCGCUGCCGCUGGCGGCCGCGGCGGCUCUCGUGGCCACCCACCUUUACACUGCCGUGCCGGUGCUGUCCAGCUACUCGGGGCUGAUGGUCAGCGAGACCGGCGUGGACUGGAAGCCCUACUUCGUGUCCUAUCGGCUGUCCUACUUUACGUCAGUCCCGGGGCUGUUCUUCAUGUACUUCGGCCCGGGCGAGCGCGCUGCCUUUGGCACGGCGGAGGGAGGUGUGGAGGACAUCAGCCUCACGGAGCUGUCCCAGGGCUCCUACAAGUACUUCCGCGCCAACGACGGCUUCGUCGCCCUGAACCUCACCAAGGGUGUCACCGAGACGCUGCAGAAGACCACGCACAGCUCCAACGUGCCGCGCCUGAGCCGCUACCGGGACGCGGAGGUGGUGAACAACCGCGAGCCCUUCAGUAAUGAAGUCGAGCCCACGGUGCCCCCGGGCUUCAUGGAGACCUACCGCAUCUCCCCGGUCUUCUUGGCCUGGGCGCCCUGCACCACGCGGUACCGCAUCAGCGCCGGGUGCCUGAACCAGAACCAGGUGGUUGGCUGGGCCGUGGCCACCUCUAGGUCACUGUGCACCAACCUCCGCAUGGUCAGCUGCCGCGAGCAGGACCCCCUGCUGGACCCCAUCUAUCACUGUGCCACCAACCCAGUUUCUGGCAAGGACUUCAAGGGUCCCAUCCAGGGCAUUUGCGGGCGAAGCGUACCACCUCCCACAGUCGAGGUCAUCGAUGAGCUUUCGGCCCUGCUGCUCUUGGAUGGCUGGCCGGAGAACCGGCUACCGAACGUCACCCACGGCUGGUACGACGUUUGGCCAGAGGCUUGCAUCCAAGACGCCACGGCCUGCGACUCUCAGUGGAACACCAUGGAGAUGCUGGGCCUGGGCUUCAGCGGCCUGACGCUGGUGCUGGCCACCUUGCCGCUCUUCAUCGACUGCGCCACUGACGCGCGGAUCCGCCAGGCCAUGGAGUUCCAGGAGGAGGUGAAGAAUCGAAACAAGAAGGGCGCGACCAUCAUGUUCUGA